AUGGAGAUCGUACAGAAACCCUAUCAUGUGUGGCCAACCUCGUUUUGGAUUCAAUAUCGUAUGUUAACAUGGCGUCAGUUCAAACAAUCUAAGGGUACAAUACUGGACCAUUAUGAAGUUAUUUCAGCUCUAAUAAUGGCAGUAGUCGGUGGAUUGAUCUACUUCCAGACAGAAUAUUCAUACAGGACGUUACGUGAUAAAAUGGGAACUAUUUUCUAUUGUGCUUCCUUUUGGGGAUUUAAUGUUAUCCUAGGAACAAUAUCUAAAUUUCCAGCAGAACGAGUCGUUAUAAGGAAAGAAAGAGAAGCAGGAGCGUACAGGUUGUCAGCUUAUUAUGCUGCAAGAAUUACAAGUGAUCUUCCAUUGGUUCUUAUUGUGCCAGUACUAUUUUAUAGUAUUGUUUUUUGGAUGUCUGCAAUCGGGGAUGGAACCUUAUUUGUAAUUAUUCUUGGUGUGAAUAUUCUUUUCUGUGCAGUCGUUCAGAGUAUUGGCCAUGUAAUUGGAAGUGCAAUUGAAAACUUGAAUCACAGUUUAACUACAGGAAGGUCGUAUAUGAUAUUUUCAAUUGCUUUAUGUGCAAUACAACAUCGAAUGAUAUGUUUCCUGCAUGUGGUGGAAACAUAA